UUUAAUGACGCAUAUAUUAGCUUAAUACAGUCUUGUAGUAAAAUUAUAAACGCACGGUCGCUUCAAUGUUUUACCUCAGGAGUUUUAUUACAUUUGCUCUCUUCAGCGUUCUAAGCACUGCUGAGGACCAAUCACAAUAUGAGAUUAUUUUACUAUCAAAGUUUCUCGAUGAGAACGGUAUACCAGUACAGAUUUCAGACAGUGAUACAUAUUGGAUGAAUAACCAGAUUACUGCCACUAAUGGUGACAAAGUCGACGUGAAGCUUUAUUACGAAUCUCUAUGUCCAGAUUGUAUAAAGUUCGAUACAGAACAAUUCAGCACUACUGUUCAAAAAUUAAAUCAAUACGUGAAUUUCCAUACGUACCCUUACGGCAAUGCAAAAACUAUUUACAAAAACGGAGAGAUCAUAUUUGAAUGUCAACACGGCCCACCAGAAUGCUACGGGAAUAAGCUACACGCGUGUGCUAUCGACCAUCUGCAGAAUAUCACCGCAGCUAUCGUGUUCAAUUCCUGCAUGAUGGGUGGAGAAGGUGGUGGCUCUAAUGAUGCAGCUGCUGACAGGUGUGCGGCUGAAUUUGGUAUUGAUUCAAUGCCAAUAAAAGCCUGUGCUAAAGGCGACAGAGGGACACAACUUCUAGAAUAUUAUGGAGAAGAGAGUAAGAAGGCGAAUUUCUCAUAUGUCCCAUACAUCCUUAUAAAUGGCAAAGUGAAUGACGGCAGUAACUUUAUGAAUGAUGUUUGCGCAGCGUUUGCCGUUCCACCACCGCCUUGCGUGCAGUAUACUGUUUUGCAGGCGUGGCACUUUGGUGAAGAAACGCUCAAGAUGGAUAUUAAAUACGUCCCGUACGUGAUGCUGGCCGGCUCAUCAGAUAUGCAGGACCAGGCGACAGUGUACUUGAUGGCCACGAUAUGUCAGAUGUGUGCUGUAAAUAUGUCUAAUAAAUAUACACUCAUUUCAUUCUUUGUGAUAAUAUUAUUAUUUAUUUGUUUUGCUAUUAUCUGUUUGGCACUAAAUACAAAUGCUUUAUCCAAAAGUAUCGAACUGCAAGGAAUGAAGGAUAGCGACAAUUUUAAUAAUUUUGGUGAAAAAUAUGAAGUAGUAUUGAAAGUAUAUUAUGAAUCGCUUUGUCCGGCAAGUGUGGAGUUCUACACGACGCAGUUGCUACCAACAGUAGAGGUUUUAGGAUCUCUUGAUAAUAUGAAAGUGAUAACGAUUCCUUACGGGAAUGCAUGGACGACCCAUAAAGACGGUGUGGUCGAAUUUGAAUGUCAACACGGUCCAUCAGAAUGCUACGGGAAUAAGCUACACGCGUGUGCUAUCGACCACCUGAAGAAUAUCACCGCAGCUGUCGUGGUCACUUCCUGCAUGAUGGGUGGAGGAUAUGAUGAGUCUCUUAAUGCAGCUGCUGACAGGUGUGCGGUUGAAUUUGGUAUUGAUUCAACGCCAAUAAAAGCCUGUGCCAAAGGCGACAGAGGAACAGACCUUCUAGAAUAUUAUGGAGAGGAGAGUAAGAAGGCGGAUUUCUCAUACGUGCCAUACAUCCUUAUAAACGGCAAAAGAUCAAACAGGAGUAACUUUACGAGGAAUAUUUGUGCAGAGUUCGCCGUUGCACCACCACCUUGCGAGGGUCCUGAUUUUUUAGACGGCUAAAUUUUAACAAAAGAAUGAUUACUUUCUUUUCAUUUUUUUACCAAGCCGUGCCUGGUGACAAAGCCAGCUAGAAAACGCAUCUCAUCACUAAUUGAGGGCAUCGACUUCUGUUUUUUACAACUUAUCAUUAUUAUUUUUGCAUAUGUUUGACUAAAAUUCCUAGUCAUCGUAGUACUAGAAAUAGAAUAGUAGUAAUAAAAGUA